UGUUUUAGCUUUUCCACUUUUUCCGAAUUUUGAAUUUUGAUUCUUUUCUUCCAAUUCAACAAUAUCUACUUUUCCGGCGAUCAACGGUUGAUCAUUUGAUCGGAAUAUUUCAAUUAUGGGAGCUUCUCACAGUCGCGAAGGUCUAGAACUUUCCGAUGAAUCGGAUUACGAGGACGAUGAGGGAAGCACCAGAACGGAAAGUGAGGAACAGUAUGAAGACGCCGCUGACGAUCACGCUUCGAUGAGGACUCCACCGGUGAGUACCAAAACCCUUGAUGAAUUGGAUUCCAAACUGAAAGCGCUAAAACUUAAGUACGGUUCCCCGGAGACGCCGACGAAUCUAAGAAAUGCCGUUAAGUUGUACUUGCAUGUUGGCGGUAAUACGCCGAAAGCGAAAUGGAUAAUCUCGCAAAAGCUGACUUACUAUGAGUUUGUUAAAACACUGCAAAUUGGAGGUGAUGAUGAAGACGAUUACGAAUCGUCAAGUGGAGGAGAUGAGGGCUUUUGGGUUUUGAAGGUGGGGAAGAAGAUUAAGGUUAGGGUUUCGACUGAUAUGCAGUUGAAGAUGUUUGGAGAUCAAAGGAGGGUUGAUUUUGUGGAUAACGGAGUGUGGGCUUUGAAAUUUUUUGUGGAUGACGAGUAUAGGAAUUUCAUUACCAAGUUCCAGGACUGCUUAUUUGAGAAUGUGUAUGGAAUGGAGGCUACGGAGGCGAACAAAGUGAAGAUUUAUGGGAAGGAGUUUAUUGGGUGGUUAAAACCCGAGGAAUCAGAUGAUGCAAUGUGGGAAGAUGCAUCUUCUGGAGUCUGGAAGGGUAGUGGAAAGAGUCCCAUGACGCCGGUGAGGGAUAGCCAAGAUUUGCUGGAGGAAUUUGAGGAAAUUGCUACUGGUGGAGGAAUACAGAGUUUGGCGUUAGGGGCUUUAGAUAAUAGUUUUCUUGUGAAUGAUUCAGGAGUUCAAGUUGUGAAAAAUUUCAGCCAUGGAAUCCAUGGAAAGGGUGUUUAUGUGAAAUUUGAUGAGAAGGAUAAGUGGUCCGGAGGCUCAACGCCUAAAAAGGCUCUUUUGAUGCGUGGAGAAACUAAUAUGAUGCUAAUGAGUCCUUUUAAGGAAGGGAAGCCCCGUUCAACUGGACUUCACCAAUUGGAUAUCGAGACUGGUAAAGUUGUUACUGAAUGGAAGUUUGAGAAGGACGGGACUGAUAUUACCAUGAAGGAUAUAACAAAUGAUACCAAAGGGUCACAGUUGGAUCCUUCUGAAUCGACAUUUUUAGGUUUGGAUGAUAACCGGCUGUGUCAGUGGGACAUGCGUGAUAAGAAGGGAAUUGUUCAGACAUUAGCAAAUACAGGUUCUCCAGUGUUGAAUUGGACUCAAGGGCAUCAGUUUUCACGAGGAACGAAUUUUCAGUGCUUUGCCACGACUGGUGAUGGCUCCAUUGUAGUUGGAUCACUUGAUGGGAAGAUUCGCUUGUACUCAAAGACCUCUAUGAGGCAAGCAAAGACUGCAUUCCCUGGCCUUGGCUCUCCAAUUACACAUGUUGAUGUUACUUACGAUGGCAAAUGGAUACUGGGCACGACAGAUACAUAUUUGAUCUUGAUAUGCACUUUGUUUACUGAUAAAGAUGGGAAGACCAAAACUGGUUUUACCGGUCGAAUGGGAAAUAAAAUCCCAGCUCCAAGAUUAUUAAAGCUGACUCCUGUUGAUGCGCAUAUUGCUGGGGCAAAUAACAAGUUCCAUGGUGGACAUUUCUCUUGGGUUACUGAAAGUGGAAAGCAAGAACGCCACUUGGUUGCAGCAGUAGGCAAAUUUAGCGUGAUAUGGAAUUUCCAACAGGUGAAGGACAGUGCUCAUCGUUGCUAUCAGAAUCAGCAAGGCCUGAAGAGUUGUUAUUGUUACAAGAUAGUGCCCAAGGAUGAAUCCAUUAUUGAGAGUCGUUUCAUGCAUGACAAGUAUGCCGUCAGUGACUCACCAGAGGCUCCCCUGGUUGUAGCAACGCCAAUGAAAGUUACUUCCAUCAGCAUGUCAGGCAAGAAGCGUGGACUUGGGAACUAGUUGACUGGUGAUUGAUUGAUCAAUGUGUGCAAGAAGAUUUAUCUAGUGUGUAUAUAGGGAGGUCCUAGUUGUGUUCUUUUUCCUCUUUCAAUCCAUAAAUUGUGUUUGAUUGUUUGCGUUUAUGUUUGAGAAAUUUCUUUGCUUUUUA